UAGGUAUAGUGUCGAGAGAACGUCGUUGUUCCGAUAAUUUUCGCUUCAAAUUAUAGUAACCGACUAUAAUAUUGUGACGUAUCGUAUGUACCUACUCUUAACCUAAAAUUAUUAUUCCAACAAUGCCUUGAAUGAAAUCCGUCUUUCGCAUUGGCAUAAUAUGAGAGACUAAUAUAUUAGUGAUGUGUGAUUUAAAUUGGUGCUAGUAGGUAUACCUAUAUAUACGUUUGGUGUCCAUACGGAUGAUAGUUGUUGACAUGUUGUGUAUAUGUAUAUAAUGAGUUGUUCUGAAGUGAUGUACCAGGCGUAUUACCCAUAUUUGUAUCAGAGGGCGGCGGGAACGGCGCCGCCCGUUUCGGCACAUCCGGUUCCCAGGACCGGACCGUUUAGUUCACCCUUCGGGGCCGCUCACCAAUAUGAUAGGUUUAAUGUACAACGACUGCAAGACGCCCAUGCCCUGUCCUCGCAAGCAGCAGCAGCGGCGGCAUCGAGCGUCGCGACGGCCGCAUCUAUCGGCGCCGGCGGCGUCCUGGGCGACGCGCAUCCCCUCGCCGCCCAUCACCAUUCGCUGUACUUGCAAGGGUCGGGCGGCGGCGCCCAUUCGAGUGGGGGUUCGGUCAGUUCGACGGGCGGCGGGUCGCCCACCAGCCCUCUUCGACCCGGCAAAGAAGAGGAGUGCAGUUUGCAUGGCAGAAGUAGUACUGAGGAUCGACAAGCUGCUGGCGUGGAAGACGACGACGAUUCACAAGACGCAACCAGCUCGAGGGCGCAAUACGUUUCGGCCAAUUGCGUUGUUUUUACGCAUUAUCAGGGCGACGCAGCCUCAGUGGUCGACGAACAUUUUAACAGGGCGUUGGACAAGACGUCGACACAUACGAAAGAAAGUUCUCCAAUGUCAUCGCGAAACUUCCCUCCCUCCUUCUGGAACAGUCAGCACUAUAGCGGGGCAGCGGGAGGAGGCCACCACGGUACCUCGGCCGCAGAUCUUUACUCGGAUCACUACCAUCCAGGCGACGCCUGGUACCAAUACAGUCAGCACCAUCGGGCGGUCCACGACUACCAUCACCACAAUAUGGCGGCGCAGUACGGCGGACUGUUGCUGCCGGGGUCCAGGUUGCACAUGAGCUCGCACGCGCCUUGCAAAGCCAUGGACUGGCAACAUCCCUCGAUCGAGUCGGCGUACUCGUCUUAUCCUACGAUGUCAGGUCUAGAAGCCCAAGUGCAAGACUCCUCCAAGGACCUGUACUGGUUCUAAAUAUACGCUGAUGAGUUUAGUGCAGCCCUACAUCUCCCUAUGUGUAUAUAGUUAAUUUUUAAGUGCAACCUAGUGAUUUCAAGUGACAAGAACGAUUACAAAAAUGUCAUUUUUUCCUAUUGUAUAAACAAGAAACGAAACGGACUAAAUAAUAGUUAAAAUGUUAUAAACAUUUCAAAUAAAUGUUCCUUAUUUAUGUCGAGGAUUGAUUAGUAAUUAUUGUAUUUUGAUGAACCGGAUGCAAAGUCUGAUUGUAAGUAUUAAAGUUGUAAAUAAUUAUUUGA